CCCCGCCCCCACGCCCCGCCCUGGUCCGGGGAUCAGGUGACCACGGGCCGGUGGCUGUCACGUGGCUGGGGCGCGCCCGCCCGUUGUGGCCAUGGCGGCCGCGGGCUCCAGUGUGGUGAAGCGAGUGGAGGAGCUCGGGGACCUGGCUCAAGCCCAUAUUCAGCAACUUAGCGAAGCGGCUGGCGAAGACGAUCACUUUUUAAUUCGGGCCUCUGCAGCUCUAGAAAAAUUGAAACUUCUGUGUGGAGAAGACAAAGAAUGUUCAAAUCCAUCAAAUCUUCUAGAACUUUACACACAGGCUAUUUUGGACAUGACGUAUUUUGAGGAGAACAAGCUAGUAGAUGAAGAUUUUCCUGAAGACUCUUCACAGAAAGUAAAAGAGCUGAUUGGUUUUCUUUCAGAACCAGAAAUUUUAGUUAAAGAAAAUAAUAUGCAUCCAAAACACAGCGACUUGCUUGGGGAUGAGCUCCUGGAAUGUCUCUCUUGGAGACGAGGAGCCCUACUUUAUAUGUAUUGUCAUUCUCUGACCAAAAGGAGAGAAUGGCUCACGAGAAAAUCUAGUUUUCUGAAAAAGUACCUUGUUGAUGGAAUCAGUUACUUGCUACAGAUGCUAAAUUAUCGGUGUCCUAUCCAGUUAAAUGAAGGAGUUUCUUUCCAGGACCUAGACACAGCUAAAUUACUGAGUGAAGCUUUAGAACCGGAGCCCGAGAGCUUCAGAGGGAGGCACUUCACAGAAUACCAUGUAAACAAGACCCAGAGUUGUGCAACAUGCAUCUCUGUUGAGGAGAUUGCUUCCAUCCUCAGUAUCACAAGAUGCUCCUGGAACUCCUUCCAUCUCACCUAUGUUUCGGUCUAUAGGCAUGGCAAAAGGAUGUUUCUUUCAGCCAAGCUGUUCCUUUGGUGCAGUCUUCUCAGAAGUUUCUUAGAACACUUCCACCUACAUUUCACUGGCCAGAAUUAAAUCACAUGGCUUCAUGUUGCUACAAGGGAACCGGGGUGUAUAGCCCUUUACCUGAUACAUCGCCAUCCCAAAUAAAUUGUCUUUUUACUAAGAAAGAAGGGAAGAAUGACUAUUUAGUGGCAACUGUUAGUUUCUGUCAUAAACGUCUGUGCACUUAAAAAUGUUAGGAACUGAAUAUAGAGCAUCGUUUGGGUUUUAGACUAGACUAUGGGAGGGAAGAACCACUUAUUUUUACCAUCUCUUUUUACAAAGGGAAGAACUGAGGUUCUUCCUGAUAAGCCCGAUAACCUGUUUAAGGUCAAGUAGCUUGCAAUUGACUACAUAUAAAUUUUUGUUGAUUCUCAAUCUGGAGUUUUGAUGGGGAAAAAUCAAAUAUGGGAAAGAUGAAAACUUCUUAGGGAAAAUUCUAUAUUUUAAUUUUAUAAGUUUACUUUAAUAAUUCUUUCUUUUUUAGCUUCUGUAGGCUUUUCCUUUCUAUUCAAAAACAUUGCCUAUUAAAACCAGCAUGAUUUGUGUCAUUAAUAUAUGUCUGGCUACUGGUGUCCAAAAGUUGUUCCUUUCAGUUAAUUCAAGCUAAGUAGCUUGUCCUAAAAAAAUCUUAUUGCGAAUGCAAAGUGCUCCUUCAGUGGGCAUGACGUUUUGACAAACAUGGGUGUAUUGAUUUAUUUGUGGGAAGUAUUUAUUCCAGAUAACUUAUGAACUAAUUAGCUGCAUUGAAAAUGACCUUUCUAAAAUCUCCUCAUCCACCUGCAUGGAUUGAUUUAAAAGAAAAAGCAAGGAUAGGCGCUAAAGCCUGUUUAGAACCACAGAAAGUGGCACAGGUCACCAGUUGUGCUCAUUGUCCCAUUUCUAGUUAUAACGUAAUGUACUUUCAUGGCCUGGAAUUUUUUCUUUAGAAUGCUUGUGAUACUGCUGUCUUCUCUCAGAUCGUAAUUUGAUUGUACUUUCCCCAACUCCCCUUGCUUCUUCAACAGGGGAAUCAAAAGGGACAGAUAGGGUCUCUUUUUUUCCCCAGGAAAAGAGAAUACAACAUCAGCUCCACAGCAGUUUUGCCAGGGCUCAGUCCUCUUGGUGUUGACUUCUUGCUCUUAUCUGAAGCAGUUCGCUCCUCCCGACUUCAUCUCUCUCAAGAUGUAGAUUAGAAACCAGAAAGCCUACUUUUCGUAGGCUAAAUGACUCCUAAGACCCCAUCGGAGAGGCUCUAAUUAUUAUUUUAUUUUUUGUUAGGCAACAUAAAACAUAAUUCUGAAUAAUCUUUCAUACUAAUUAGAAAGCUCUAUAUGAAUCAUCAAAAUAUUUUUGUGGCCACAUCUUAAUGAUAAUUUACCCAAUUUUAGAUAAAACAGUGUAUACUUGGUAUGAUUUUUAUUUUUUCCAAGGUGAGAUAAUCAUUUUGUCCUUUGAACAGUGCCUAUAUGCCAUUAAAUUUUUAGCUUUUAAAAAUUAGCAAGUAAUGUUUUCAGUAAAUCACUUUACCUCAUUUCUGAGCCUCAGUCUUCUGUGGGCCCUUAUAAAAAGCCUUGUCAGAAUAACCCUGGAGUCAAACGGGUUAAAUCAAAAUACUGUUGAGUUUUGCACACUCUUGGUUUACACCCUUUUUAUACCACUAGGGACCACCUCUACCUUCCCGGCAGCCUCUUGGCUCAUUGCUUAACCCGGAAUCUGGAUUUCAGAUCCCCUAAAGCAAUAGCUCUGAACUGGCAUCACUAAUUGCCUGGGUAGCUUAUUAAAAAUGCAGGCUUCUGUGUACUAUCUGCAGGUUCUGAUUCAAUAUAUGGAGUGCAGAAAUCUAUUUUUAAUAGGCUCCCGUGUCAUGAUGCAGCCAUAUUUAGACAUCAUUUCUAGGGGAUUUCAGCCUGGCCACCCUUUUUUUUCUGUAUAAGUCAUCUUUCUGCCUCCACUCACUUCAUGGGUUAUUCUGCAUCUCCCUGCCUGCACUCCUCACUGUCACAUGUGUGUUCAUCAAGGACAUGCACAGUGCAAAGUGAAGUAUUUUAUUGAAAACCAUGCUGAGCGUUAGCAGAAAAAAUAUCAAGGAAAAUUUGUAGCUGCAGAAAGAGAUAGCUCCAGAGUAGUCAAUUCUUGGGGGAGUAGAGAGGGAGAACGUGCCUAAUUUACACAUUGGUCAUCUCUUCCUUUGAUAUUUUAAUGAAGUUGUUUAGCAUAGCCUGUGGACCAGCAGCAUCACCCUAGGUCCUAGGGCUUUGUUAAAAAAAUGCAGAUUCAUAGACCCAACCCUGUACUUGAAUUUGAGACUCUGGAGGUGGGGACCCAGCAAUCAAAUUUUAGCAUGUCCAGGUAAUUCUAAUGCGGGCUGAAGUUUGAGAACCACUCUUUAGCAUAUAGUCGUUCAUUCUCUCCCUAGUAACACCUUCCAUAGGAUAUCUAUGUACCUUGUUCAGCAGUCACUCCUGUUAAUAUAAAAAUUGAGGCUAACUUAGAGUUGGGCAUAAAUUGGAUCCCAGAUCUCGCUUAGGCAAAUACUUCUCACUCUUCCCAAGUGGCUUCACUUUGUGGGACCUACUUCACUUCCUCCUCCCACAGCUCUAGCCUGCUUAAAAGUUCAACCUUCCCUCCGUUUUUGCUUCUCUCUCCUUACUCCCCUCCACUUUCUUUUUAGGAAUAACUAGACAGGUUAUAAGAUCACAAAAAUAAAAGGAUAAUGCAUUCAACAAAAUGCCGUAUAUAAUAUGAAAUACAAUUCUGAAUAACAUCUAAUGCUGUAUCCAGCUUUUCUCUGAGAUUUAUAAUCUUUUACCUAUAAAGGAAUAAAGUGAAAAGAAAUGAUUAUACUUAGUAAGUGAAAGUUGUUUUAUACAUAGAAAACAUAAUUAAUUUAGUGCAGCCUAUCAUAUUUUUCAUGAAUACAAGCCUCAGAUUCUGCUCUUAAAUGAUUAUUUCUUUUAUUGAUAUAGCAGUUUAAUGAGUCAUCUCUUCUGUUAAACCUGUUCUUUUGCUCCUAUUUAGAAGCUAAAUUUGAGGUGAAGUGAAAGAUUAGCUGAAGGGACAAAUUCUGAGAUAAAAAGCUUGCAGUAGAUUUAAGAUGAUGAAAACUAGUACAGUUUUGAAAGUUGAAUUUUUCAUCUAUUUUUAAUCUCUAGUACCAUCAUAGUCAUUUCUGCUGAGCCAUGUUAGGUGAGCAACUGAGAUUAUGAUGCUCAUUUAUUUGAGGUAAACUUUUCUAAUCACACAUUAGAGUAAGUCUUUUAUUUAUAUUUGAGUGACUUUACGAAGUUAACUAGUUAAAUGUUUUAAUAGCACUUUAUGAGUUCUAAAACUUUUUCAUACAUUUUUAUUCAUGUAUUCCUUAAGAAAUCUCCAUGAAAUAAAUAGGACAUAUGGAAUCCUCAUAUUUCAGAUUUGUUAACUGAGGCUCAAAGAGCUUUGCUGAGUUACCCAAAGUCAAUUUAUCCCCAGAGCUUUUUGAUUCUAGGUCUGUUUGUCUUUCUACCAAAUUAAUAUACUUUGUGUGCCAUAAUGUUUAACUAUAUAAUGUAAUUGCCUUAUUCCAUAAAAGAAUGCUUUCAACUUUCAAUGAAAAUCCUGCAGUGUAUUCCUUUUUCCUGGGAACAUAAAGCAUCUUGGAUAUAAGUUAACAUCUUUGAUCGUUUAGAUUUACAUGGCCUCUCGGGAUCAUGUUUAGCGUGAUAAUUUGUGUAGACAUGUACAAGUACAGGAGGCGUAGGAUGCUUUAUUGGAACUGUAUCAUUGAUCCUCAAGCACACUUCAAAAUAAAAGUUAUGUUCAUGGAUGGGAUUCAGGGAUUCUCUGAAUGUUCCGAAAUUAUUUGCAGAAUUUGGGGUGUAUGUUCUGGGAGAGGUUCCAUUGAUUAGAUUAGCUUCUCAAGGAGGUCCUAUAGAGAAUCCCAAAAAGCUUAAGAACAUUGACUUAAAUAAGUCUUUAAAAAGGGUUCUCGGACAAUGGAUAAAAUAGAGAUAGAAGUGCCAAUUAAAUGGGGUUUGUAUUAGUAAGUGAUAAUUUGGCUUUUCUAAAUGUAACUUUAAAUGAGAAAGAAAAAUGCUUAAUGACAUAAAAGGAAUUUAUUAGAGUUUUAAUAACCAGGGGUUUUUUUUAAACUUUUAAAUUCUAAUUUCUCCACCUAAAUGACU